AUGUCGGACGACGGUAACAUAUUGAAGAUCCUUCCUAAUCUACUGGAAUAUGAUGUACGCAUAAAUGUGCGGAACUUACGUGAUUCCAAAGACAUUGAAGAUCCCGUUUUCUCCCAUCGUCUCAUACUCUCAUCAGCUAGUGUCUUAUUUCGCGAUAUGUUGUCUUUGACCAAUGCAACAGGCAUGGCAUCUAUUGAUGUUGAUGUUCGAACCAUUCCAAACGGUCUUGCUGCAUUCAAAGCUGUAAUAUCAUCCCUAUACUCAGGUCAAAUUAGUUUUGAAGAAGCUGAAGCUAUUCAAAUUCUCUGGGUUGCUCGAAUGUUUCAGAUUCCAUCUGCUGAAUCGAAGGUUUUGACCAAUGCACUUGAGCUUAACCCAUUAUCAAUGCUAUUACAUACCACACCGUUGUUCAACCAAGCAACACAACUUCAACAGUAUCUGCAGUCAUUAAUGACAAUAUGUAUGCAGCCAGGACUACUGACCACAGCUACCACAUCAGCAACAUCACAAUCUUCUUUAUCUUCUAGUCGUUUAGUGCCAACCCCAUUACUCACACCUCCCUCAUCCGUAGAAGAUGUAAGUGUUACUGAUGGACAGAGUCUUUCACCCGUGUUGUCACCACCGAGUGGUUUAGCACCAACAGAAAAAAUUGUUCCCAACGAUGACAAAGAAGGUUGGUGCAGAAAUAAGAAAUACAUUGAGAAAGUGGAUAAAGGCUUCAUGUGUACAGUUUGUAGAAAAGUGUAUGGACGUUACAACUCUGUAUCAUAUCAUGUAACUAUAUAUCACCGAAAUCCACCCAUAAAAUGCGAAGAGCCGGGAUGUCAGUUUUCUACACGAGAAGCACGCUAUAUCCAUUUCCACAAAUACUAUCGGCAUCAGAUUCCCUUACCUGAUACUAUAGACCUUGGAUCUCGAAAAUGUCCUUUCUGUCGCCAUGUCUCCAAGAGUCCAGCAAUGCUCGAAAAACACAUCGCACGACAUGAGGCCGAACGAAAGGAUCAGUCUAAUCACAAUUGCGACCAAUGCUUGUUUAGAGGCAAAACUGCUCAGAUGUUACAUCGGCAUAAGCAAUUCUCACAUUCUGGAGACGUGUACUCCCCUUCGUACCCUUGUUCAUUCUGCUCCUUCAUCACAACUUCAGAAUCUGCCCUUCUGGUGCAUCUGGCCUCUCAUGUAAGUCUGACCGAAGGCUCGCUCGAUAUAGAUAAUAACGAGAAGAGCCUGAAGAUAGACUUGGAGGAGAGUGUCGGAGCUUAA